UGCUGAAAUAUACGUACAUGAUUUGACAAAGUUUCAAGAGUGAUAUCUUAAAAUCAACGAACUGCAUGUUGUUUCAGCUCAAAUUAUCUGUUAAAAUGCAUAUUGUUCCGCACAAUUUCCAGUUAUAAUGGACUAGUUAAAUUGGUGCAGUGGGCCCGUGGUGUGUGGCCGUGACGUCAUCGUAAACAUUGAGGUUCAGCUGAUGUGACACGACAGCGGUUUCGAGCACAAUACGCCGUCUUCCUUUUGCCACUGCUGCUGUGGGAUUUAUGACGCAGCUCCCUUGGCGUGGUUGUGACCAGAGUGCAAGUAAUGAAAAUUGUGAAGAGAAAACAGAGAAACAAACUGACCAAUGCACAUCUGGAUUGUCUUACAAGGAUUGCAGUGACAAACUACAAGUAUUCCAUGAGAAAAAUUAAGCAGCAGCUAGCACACUUCCGCUCAUCACAGCAUUAAAUGAUAGUGUAUGCCUGCCUUAGUCGCCUUACGGAUGGCACCCCACUCUCUGCCACCACGGAUUACACAAGUGAUGCUGACCACAAAGUAAGGGAAGGGAAGCGAUGUGUCAAGCUGCUGAGUCAACAUUCUGGAAAAUUUGGGAGGCGAGUCUGUCUUCAAGCUGAGGAAGUGACAUUGCAUUGUGUGAUUGAUGAGUGCACAGCCUACAUGGUGGUGUGUGAGCCCACAUAUCCUCACAUCCUGGCCUUCAGCUUUCUUGAUGAGCUGAAGAAGGAAUUCAAUGUCCUGUACACUCCAUCUGUUGUCAAGUCAGUCAGAAGACCUUAUGCUUUUAUUGAAUUUGACUCCUUCUUACAAAAGACAAGGCAGAAAUACAACAGCAGCCGAGCACUUGCAUCCAGACUCAACCUGGCAGAGAUGACAACUGACCUGAAUCUUCAUCCUCCAUCCUACAUUAAGUUGCAUCAGUUGGAGCCACCACCACCACUGCCACCACCACCACUGUCUGGAGGAUCAUCAUCAGUCAGUAGUGGACACAUUCGAAACACAAGUGUUGCAUCCACACCCAAUGGUGCUGUGCAGUACAAUGGUGCAGCCAUGAAAGACUUAUCCACUGUGGCUGUUACUCUGCGGCUGAAGCCAGUCCCAUGGUGUGGGUGGCUGGGCCUGUUGUUGGUAAUACCAUGCAUCUUCCUGGACUUCUACAGAGGAGCUGUAGCCAUCAGUAUGUCAAGCUUAGAGGAAUUGGAUGGUCCAUCUCCCUGGCAUGGCAUCUUUUUCUUGACAGAAAUGUUUAUACAGACAUUGCAGGUUUACAUGCUAUGGAAAUACAACAAGUUCCGGAAGUUGGCAACACUGGGAUGUACAAGUUUAGUAUUUAUUUUAAAUGGCUUUCUUCUGGAUGUAAGAGAAGGAUGGUUGUGCUUUGUUUAUAUCUUUGCCUCACUUCUACUCCUCGUUGGUACUUUUCGAAGGCCUUUUGAAAGAAAAUUGCCAAAGUUUCAUGUUUGAAUUUUAGUAUUUCAAAAAUAUGUUUAUAUAUUAUUAUUUUGUGCAUUGUUAAUAUUCCACCAAUACACUCAGCCCACACUUGUAAGUAAUUCCUGUAUGUACUCUUCAGACCUAUUGCUAAUACCCAAGUUUCACAUGUCAGGACGUGUCCAGACUGGCUGUUAGGGAGCUCAGUCAUUUCUUACUCAAACAGUGGCCUGAUACUAAACAGUUUUGGCCAGAAGUGGAAAUUUGUUUUGGAAAUUUUCUUAAAAUUAUUCAUAUAGUGCAAACAGUUCAAAGUUAUAUAUUUAUUAAUUUUGACCAUAGUUUUUAUUACUGUAAAAUGUAAUGAUUUAAAUAAAACCUAUUACUAAA